AGGCCAAUUGAAGCUGGGUAUCAAUAAUGUUAUCCUCCGCUUCCCAGCUGUGCUUGGAAGACCAGCCUCCCCACUUCACCAGAUACCAUGAUUGUAAAGAACUUUACACCUUGAAAAGUACAGUCCAUUUUAAAAUCAUUGAAAAGCUCCUCUGGGAAGAAGGAAGUUGUUUUGGUGACAUUAUCUGUUCCAGCCAAUCAGAGCUGUGCAGAGCCCACUUAUGAAGCAAACAUACAGAGCUGGUUUCCUCUGAGCUUGAUCUGGGAAGGAAGAUGGCUUCACCAAGUUGGCCCCUUGCUCCCUCUCUUCUGAAUGGAUAUUUGUGGGGGGCAAUCCUGUCCCAUGCCCUCUAAUACAGACCUCCCUGGGUGGAUGCCAGUGUAACCAGUCUUCGGAAAGUGUGGCAAAGCCAUGGGAAAUACCUACAACCACUACUAUGACAGAAGCAAGAUCGUUGAGCACUACAACCACACCAAGGAUAAGCUGGAGAUACAUGGUGACCCUUCAGUACCCCCCAUCAACAUUGUCAUCAUCGUACUCUGCUGCUUGAUCAUCCUGGAGAACCUGCUGGUGCUAGUGUCUGUCUGGAGGAACAAGAAGUUCCACUCAGCCAUGUACAUCUUCAUUGGCAACCUAGCUUUUUCAGACCUGCUGGCUGGCUCAGCAUUCAUUGCCAAUGUUGUGCUCUCGGGCCCAGCCACUUUUGGCCUCACCCCUAUACAGUGGUUUGUGCGGGAGGGCACCGCCUUUGCCACUUUGGCAGCCUCUGUCUUCAGCCUGUUGGCAAUUGCCAUAGAGCGACAUGUGGCCAUCACAAAGGUGAAGGUCUACAGCAGCGACAAGAACUGCCGGAUGGUGAUGCUGAUUGGGGCUUGUUGGGUUAUCGCGGCAGUCAUUGGGGGGCUGCCCAUCCUUGGCUGGAACUGCCUAUCCAACCGCGAUGAAUGUUCCACUGUCCUGCCACUCUACUCCAAAAGCUACAUCGUCUUUGUGGUUUCCAUCUUCACCGUCAUCCUAUUCUCCAUUGUGGUCCUCUAUGUCCGGAUCUACUGCAUUGUCCGCUCCAGCCAUGCUGAGAUUGCUAACAAACAGACUAUUGCUUUGCUCAGGACGGUCACCUUAGUCCUGGGAGCCUUCAUCAUUUGCUGGCUGCCGGCCUUCACCAUCCUCCUGAUAGACGCUUCGUGUGUGAGGAAGUCCUGCCCCAUCCUUUACAAGGCAAAGUAUUUCUUUGCAUUUGCCACCCUCAAUUCAGCCAUCAACCCAAUCAUUUAUACCCUUCGCAGCAAGGACAUGAGAAAGGAGUUCCUCCGAGUGCUCUGCUGCUGGGGGAUGUUUGGGCAGGGAAAGCCUGCAGAGCGUUGCAUGAUCCCACUCCGCAGCUCCAGCUCUUUGGACCGGUGCACCCAAAAACAGGACCUUACAACUUCAGCUUUCUUGAAACGUUCCACUGUUGUGUGAAGAGAGAUGAGUUGGAGAGGGGGACAGUGGGGUGGAUGGGCACCAGGGAAAAGGGAGUUGGACCCGAGAGAGAGCGGUACAGAAGAGGUGAUGUGGUACAUGGCAUGAAAACAGGGGUGUCCGUUUUUUCACUAGACCUGCACAGUAUUAUAACUUUCUCUUAGAAGUGUGUGUGCGAGCGAGAGACUGACUGACUGGAAGUGUGGGGAAUGGGUAGCUGCUGAGCCACCAACAGUGAUUUGGUACGAUGGUUCUCCUUCCUAAAAGAGGCCCUGCCCUGCCUAUACAACCACACGUCCUUCCAUCCUGCAUUUCAGGUCAUGCUCCAUGUUCACAAAACAUGCACUCCUUCUUUCCAGGGAAGUGGCAAUCUGUUGCUCCAAUCUGCUUGGCGUUCUCCCUGUGCAGUGUCUGUUUGGACACAGACGGUGUUUGAGGAGUCCAGGGGGCUUCCUCAAGUGACUGAGGCGGACGUUUUACGACAUUUUUAAGGCAGUAGGGGAAGUUGAUAGUGCAGUUGUUACCUGCGCUGCAAACAUAUUUCCUGCCCCUGACUGCCUUGCUCUGGGUUCUGCUCAGACUGGUUUUGCAGGUUUUCUGUGCACUUCAAGCUAACCAAAGGUAAUCCCUUUAGAUGGGAGACAAAGACCGAUUCCAGAGAUAUGAGUACAUUGGGUACAUAUUGGCUAGCAUUUGUGACCUUGCUGAAGCCAAACAAUGCAUAUGUAGCUAGGAUCCAAGCAUGGGAUGGAACUAAAUUGUACAGCACACUAGAGAAUGUUUAUGCAGACUUGUUUCUUUGUAUCUAUAUUCAAAUCUUUCCAGAUGUUCGCUUCUUGUGAGACUUCCUGGAGCUAAACAGAAGGCGAAUUAGAACACAAAAGACAUUCUGAACAGUGAGCAGCUGGCACAGGCCCAAGAGCAAGAGAGAAUAUGCUUGUCCAGGAAAUAUUAAGGUUUUAGUUUGAGAAGUGCCUCAUGGGAAGAGAGGUGGUAGCAAGCAGGACUUGUCCCCUUAAGCUAAGCAGGAUCUGCCCUUGUUGCAUAUGAAAGGGAGACUAGAAGUGUGAGCGCUGUAAGAUAUUCCCCUUAGGGGAUGGAGCCGCUCUGGGAAGAGCAUCUAGGCUCCAAGUUCCUUCCCUGGCAUCUCCAAGAUAGGGCUGAGAGAGAUUCCCGCCUGCAACCUUGGAGAAGCCGCUGCCAGUCUGUGUAGACAAUACUGAGCGAGAUGGACCUAUCUUCUGACUCAGUAUAUGGCAGCUUCCUAUGUUCCUAAGUGUGCUUCUCUGUGUGACCUGCUCUCUCAAAAACUUCAAAUCCCAGAGUUUCCUAACUCUUGCAGGUAUUUCCUGUGCACAGGCAGGAGGAGCCAACAGGAUGUGACAGUGGAUUGAUAAAGGAAGGGACACGUGCCAUAACAAUCAGGGAUACAGUCAUCACUCAACAACUUUUCCCAGUUGUGGUUUUGAGUAUCCAUGACUGGGAAAUUGUGACCGGUCUCACCAAUUGUGACCGGUCUCACCAAUUGUGACCGGUCUCACCCAAGCAUCUGCGGUUUGGCGAGAUUUUUUAGUGAUGGGGGGGUUUCCUGCAAUUUUGUGGGGUUCAGAGGUUCAAUCUGCUCAUUCCUCUUGCUGACCCUGCCAACUCCUAGCAAUUUAAAGUGACUUUGAGUAGUUUGUUGGAGUUUGACAUUUCCCAGAGGUUCAAUUUGCUCACUCUUGCUUAUUCUUGGUGAUUUUAAGGGAUUCUGGGUGAUAUUUGGCGCGCACACACACACACACACACACACACGUUUUCUUUUGAUUUUUCAGUCUUUUCACGACCAAAGUUCUUGUAACCCCUUGUUUCCCAUUGAUUUCAAUAGCUCGCCAGCUGCGAACUUGCCAGUAGCGAGGUUUUGCUGGAGCGGAACCCUCGUAGUUGGUGAGGAAUGACUGUACUGACAUCCCAGGGCAUCCUACAGCUAUUGUUGCUAAUAGGAUUUAUAGGGCCCUGAAACAGAAGUCAGUAAAUGAGUUAGGCCUCUGCUCUCCAGGAUGCAUAGAUGAACUGACCUUAGAUUCUAGGGUCAAAGGGCAGGGAAUGCUAAAGGACAUUUGUCACUUACAUGUAAUCAAUGUCCCUGUGUGCCUUACUGCCAUGUCUGGCUAUAAAUAUAAAUUGGGGGUGCCCCAGAAUUUGAGGAACUUGAACAAAGGGAACUAAAAGAAGCUUAAGGACACCAAUCAAUCCUCCAGUUUUUGCAAAGUGGACGAGGCCAUUUGUAGUGGAGAAGAAGACCGAGAAUUGCAAAUAUGUGUCAGGCUCAGAGAAACAAUCUUUGGGCACUGUGCUUAGUUCGCUGGCUCGCUUGCUCACGCUCUCUUGUUUUAAGAGAGAAAGAGAAAUAAUGCACGGCUAUCCUGUUCCCCACUUAAAGAUAGUUUUCUGUUUAUUUUAAAUAUAUUUCACUGAACAGAAUAUAUUUAGCCUUUCCAGCACUAGAGUAACAUUCCCUGGUUUUAAAAAUAUGUUUUAAAGGAGCAGCCAAGUUUCCCACCCUGAAGCAAGCAUUUUCCAUCUCAUUCCUUUUGUCAGUCUUGUUAAAGCUGGAUUGGAGCUAGAGCCAUAGUAGGAGCUAAAGGGAAACUGGUCUGAGAAUUGUAUAGGUAGACUGAAGUCUUGGAGUUGCAUUCUUGGCCCGAAAGUGGUGCAGGGCACUGCAAAUGGGACAGGCAGGCAGUGUUUCUGGAGGUUUCCCAGAUUUUGGUUGGGUGGGGUGGGUGGGGGGAAUUACUGCAGGAGGAAGCAAUAUAAUUUAGGAUGAGUUAGGAUGAAAUUAUAUAAAGCACAUAUAAGUGUGUAAAAAUGUAAAGAAGCAGAAAUUGGAGCAAAUCUGGGCCAUUCACAUUGCUGAUUGUUAUUGUGUUUGAUUACACUUCCUUAUAGCUUUUCCAGCCUUGGCUUGUUCACACGGCAGGCUUCUCCCCCUCCAUCCUACCUAUUUAUGGCCAAUAGGGUUGAAGAGGAGGCAGGGCUCCCCAUCUCCUGCUUCCUGUUGGUGCAUUCAUCUGUGCCCAUCUACGCAAGGAGUAAAUGUGUGUGCAUGUGUGUGGUAUCUGGUUAUUUUUCAGAUUGUUAUUAUUUUUGGUAGUCUUGCAACAGAGCACCCUUGUGCUAGCUCACUGGGAUUCCCAAGUUACUGCCCUGUAGCUUUAAAUCAAAGCUUGGUUUUAGGAUGUCACAAGCAGCUGUGACCCAGGUUGAUCAGCUAGAUGGGGGAACUGGUCUGGCACUACAUGGCAGCUCCUUCUAGCCAUGUGGAUUGUGACUGAAAGCAAACCAGUUUUAAAAGAGAACUCUUGCAUCAGAAUUGCCGCCUUCAGCCCUAAGCACCACGUGGGUUGUUGGGGUGGAUUUGUACACACAUCAUGCACCCUCCCUGAGGAUGCAUCCCCCAUUCCAACCUGAAAGACCAGUCUGCAGCAGGAGUCCAUUUAAUUUCCAGCCCUUCCACUGAAAUUCCUUCUACCGUGUGGGAACAAGGGUGUGGUAUGGGUUUGGGGGAGGUGGGUUUGCCAGGCUGGGGGCAUUGCUAAGGGACAGGUGGGAAGAAGCAUUGGGUGAGGAGGGGGCAGUUCCUUCAAGGAAAGAGAUAGGAGUGGGUGUGUUUCUUGCCAGCACUGCUGCAGCAGCUGGAAACAUGAUUCAUUAGCACGAUGUGCAGCAACAUGCUGUUGAGGGUGAGAGGAGGAUGUUUUCAUGAAUGGGGAUGAAAUGCAGGCGUGGGAAUUACUGUUCAUCUCUCCCAGGGCAUGGGUGAUGCAGCCUGGCGGCUGAAGGAGGUGGGUGGUUGCUUUAAAUAACCCCUUCUCCUCCUCCUCUUUGCUUCCUUCACCCCAGAAGAAAUCCAAAAUUAUUAACAAGCCAAAAAAAAAAAAAAAGGAAAUUCCCUUCAGAGUCCCCCUAGCUGGGAACCAAGAGAAAGAGAAGAAUGACUGUUGCAACUCAGUUUAACAUAAACGAUUGAUUCUAACCAAGAUCCCUGUAAUGUAAAAUUGUAAUGGUUGCAUAUGGAGUGAAGUUGGAGAAGGGCGAUGCAGUGUAAGGGUCUGUUGUGUGUGAACAUGAACACUGUGAAGUGUCAGCCACAAAGAGUGUGGACACAAACUGUCAUAAGAACAUAAGAGCAGCCCUGCUGGAUCAGGCCCAAGGCCCAUCUAGUCCAGCAUGCUGUUUUGCACAGUGGCCCACCAGAUACUGCUGGAAGCCACAGGCAGGAGUUGAGGGCAUGCCCUCUCUCCUGCUGUUACUCUGCUGCAACUGGUACUCCGCAACUGGUACUUCGCCCUGGAACCAAUUAUUUCAGCACUUGACUCAAAAACAUAGAAGUUGGGAUACUUAACACUGUUGAGAUAACUGUAUCUGCACAUGCAGUAGAAGAGUGGAAGUGUGCUUCUGUGCAUGUGAAGAGGCACUCCUCCCUCACCACUGAGUCAUCCACCUUUUCUAGAGCCUGGCUUCUAGGAAGGCCGGAGUCUCAGCAUCUCUCCCAUUUAUAACUGAAGCACUGGCACCUGUUAUCAAAUAUUUGGUUUCUACACAGCUUGCAAUAAAAGUAGUAAGAUGAAGGGUGCAGAAAUCUGUGAGUGUAAGAGUAAAAGGGCCGGGAUUGAAACUUCUCCAAAUUGAAAUUCAUAAGAGAAUUAUCAGGGUUCCUCACAAGUGGAAUGCCAGAUGAUUUUUCUCAAAUGGUUUCUCCCUAGGAUGUAUUUAUAAAUGCUGGAGAAAGAGUGCCUGCACAAGUGGAUGUAGCAAAGGACUGAAACUAGGAAGGGAAGAUGUAUGCUUACACAUCCCUUAGAGUCAAGCCAAAUUGCAGAGUGUUGAACACACUGGCCCUGUGAAGCAUGUGUGUGCUUGUGCAACCUAUCAUGACAAUGAAGUAUAUGUAUUGCUGAGUGUAGAAAGUGUGUGUGCGAGUGUUGGUAAGCAUAUUGUGGGUGGGUGAAGUUUCAUGUCUGUAAGUAUGCUGAGUUCUUUUGCACAUCUGCAUUGGCAUAGGUGUAUAGCCAAUGUCCACAUGACCAGAGCUGAGGAAUAUGUGUUGAGGCUGGUAUAUGUGCAUUUUGUAUGGAUGGGCAUGGGGAAUUGUUCUCCCCUACCAAUAAGGUGACACUGCAGUAACAUUUUGUGUACAAGUGCCCCUGAGUGUCUGAGGCUGCUGUGCCGUGCUGUACAUAAUCUCUCUGGCCUUCUAUUGUUGCCCAUGUCUGGGUGUUGUAUUGCUUAUCCCAUUUUCCUCUUUGGUCAGAGGCAGGGUUCUUGGCUGCUUUCAAAAAGAAAUUACUACGUGGUGUACAUAUGAACACCUGCCCCGCCUGUGCCCCCAUGCGUGCAUGCGCCACUUCAGGCACUUGUUUUCAGCUACUGCGAGCAAAUUUCCCAUUGCUGGGGUGAAGGGAUGGAUAUGCACACAAGACAGAGAUAGGCAACUGUUGCUCCACCCCCCGAAGAGUUAAAGGUGACAUGGUAAUAGCCUCAUUGCCCAUGGUGUGGACAUUGAUCACACUAUCAUAUCUGCUCACAGGUUUUGCAGGGCUUGAAAAACCUGCAAAACCUAUUUUGAUUAGAAUGGCAGUUGAGCAAAAGAAAGAUGUGUGUGAGAGCAAGGCAAUAAUGUCUACAUUGUACUAUCUUCAGCAUUAAAAACUAUUACCUGUCUCCAGCCCGAGUAAAAAGCCAGCCUCACCCCACUCCCAAGUCCACAUAUACCUACAAAUAUAGCCUAUGCUUAACACUGUCAGUGUCACUCACCUCUCCACUCCAUCCAUACCAUGGGUAGUAACCUUUUUGGGACCAGAGUGUUGCAGGAGUUCUGUUCUGAGUGUGAGAAAAAGGCUUUUGAAGAUACCACCUUUAAAAUUCCAGUUGGAGACAGAAGCACCAAAGAGAUCACUGUAGCUGUCAUCUUAAUGUGCCUUCAGACAGGAACCAUUUGUCCCACUGUCAUUUUUCUUGUGUGUGCCAAAGCUGAAAUGAAAAAGGGCAUAUUUACAGCACAGAUGUAUUGUAUUGUUCUUUGCCCCAGGCAGUCCUGGGAAUUGUAGUUGUCAGCUUAGAGAUCUAACAGAAUUUUCCUCAUCCUCACUAAGCUACAAUUGCCAGAUUCUGCAGAAGAAUCUAUGUUGUUUAAAAUCUGAUUAAAUGCUGACGUUAAAACUGUUAUAAAUUUGUGGUACAGAUAUGUCCAUAGGUGCAAAGCAAAUAUUGCCUUAGAAAAGCACUGGGCUAGUCUGUGGAUCAAGCUUUAUCGUGGAAGUAUUCUUAAGGAAGAAGAAGGGAGAAUGAAUAAACUGUGCAAUACCAACAUGUUGCAGUCUCCCCUGCACAAACCAAAAGGUACGGUCUUUGGCCAUUAGCUCUUGCUAUCCCUAGAGCAGCAGAAUCUUGCCUGUGGAAACACUAACUUUGUUUUUUGUAUUAUUUUUAAUAUUUCUCCCUUUUAAUGGAAAUGUGUAUGUAUUAAACUAUUUGCCUCUAAAUUUGGCCUGUGUCAUUCCCCCCCCCCUCCAUGCCCCUGCUGUCUGAGGACAUGUGCAUCCCCUGCUGUACUUCCUCUCAAGUGUUUGAGGGAAUGGACACUGACCCUUUCCACACAACAUCCAUCUUUUAAAAAGUCCAUCUGAUAUUCUAACGCUGUUUGUGUAAUGUGAAUGUGGGAGAGGACAAAUGUGGGCAUUUAUUCUAAGGCAGGGUAGAUUUUAAAAUUCAUCGUGAAAGGUGAUGUAUUGUAGUAGCUAUGAGUGAGAGUUAAUAGAGGGGAAGUGGUCUGAGCAUGCCAAAAGCACUCUAGAUAUGCCAAGUCUUUUGAAUGGGAUAUGCUUGCACAUCCCUUUGAGUCAAGCCAAAUUGCAGUGUAGAAGAAAAAGGUAAAGGUGAGACAGCCUACAUUGCACCCAAUGGGAGUGGCUGAGAAGAUGGAAUUGUUGGGGAAAGUGAUAGAUUCUUCAUGCUUGGGGCGGUCGCCAAAAGGAUUAUCAUACAGCCCUGGAAGGACAAACUUACUCCUGAACUGCAACUUUGAAUAACUGACACUUGUUACUUGUCAGCAUCUGAACUGUUGUUGUUUUUUCCUAUGAAAAGGUAAAGAUUAAAAACGUUCAGUUAUUUGGUCGAA